ACCUCUCAGAAGAUUGCAGGAGAUGGACUUUCCACCUGCAUGGUUUUGGGAUUUGAAGUUGAUACGGUGAACUCUGUCCAGUUUUCAAACCACACAGGCUAUGCCCACUGGAAGGGUCAGGUGUUGAAUUCAGAUGAGCUUCAUGAACUUUACGAAGGACUUAAGCUGAACAUGGUCAACCGGUACGAUUAUGUGCUCACAGGGUAUACAAGAGACACAUCAUUUCUUGCAAUGGUGGUGGAUAUUGUCCAGGAGUUGAAGCAACAGAAUUCUAACCUCGUGUAUGUGUGUGAUCCAGUGAUGGGUGACAAGUGGAAUGGAGAAGGCUCUAUGUAUGUGCCCAAGGAUCUCCUGCCAGUCUACAGGGACAAAGUUGUACCUGUUGCAGAUAUAAUCACUCCUAACCAGUUUGAAGCUGAGUUACUCACAGGCAGGAAGAUUUACACAGAAAAAGAUGCACUGGAGGUAAUGGAUAUGCUCCAUGCCAUGGGACCAGAGACUGUGGUGAUAACAAGCUCAGACCUACAGGCACCUCUAGGAAACGACUACCUGAUUGCUCUGGGAAGCCACAGAAAAACUAAAGCAGAUGGUACCAGGAUAACACAAAGAAUUCGAGUGGAGUCUCCUAAAGUGGAUGCUGUCUUUGUUGGAACAGGAGACUUGUUUGCUGCUAUGCUUCUGGCAUGGACACACAAGCACCCAAACAAUUUGAAGGUGGCAUGUGAAAAGACUGUGUCAGCCAUGCAGCAUGUUCUGCAAAGGACCAUUAAGAGUGCAAAAGUGCAAGCUGGAGAAGGAAACAAACCAAACUCAGCCCAGCUGGAACUGAGAAUGGUCCAAAGCAAAAAGGACAUAGAAAACCCAGAGAUCAUAGUGAAAGCCACCGUGUUAUAAAGGCUCCACGUCUCCAAUAACGCACAAUGUAUCGAUGUCCUCAUUUCUUUCCUGUAAAUUGUAAUAUUUGCCUUAGAUCUGUGACAGAAACCUGACUUUCAUGAAAUAGUGCCCAGCAUAGGCAGAUAUCCACUCUCAAACAUAUGUGCUGGCCUUGCUCAGUUUUAAAAACAGAACAGUUAGUGUGCAUUGAAGCAUAUUCCCAGGUAUCCCAAUGUCUGUCAGAUUCACUUAGUCUGUGUGAUUACCCAGGGCAAGAGAGCAAUGUUCCUGCCUUGCCAAAGACUGUAGAUGUGAAUUUGCUAGUGGAAUGCUUGACUGACUGGAAAAUGUAUUUCAAGAUGGCAUCUAGUGCCAAUGGAGCUGGCUCCAUGCUCCCUUUUCCUGGAGGUACCUGGUUACCUACUCUGGUAUUCAGUAUCUCAGCUGCUAUGAAACUAAGCAGGGUUAAAGCUACACACACAGUUCUGGUUGUGUGUAGGAGUACUUUGAAGAUGUUUGGCAUGUUCAGUACUCUGAAGUGACCUUGAGAUGUCAUUCAUGUUGCUGAUCUCUGCUCCUGUUUCUUGUCCAUGAACAGCUGCACAGUUUCAGUUGUCACAGGUUCCUGCUGCUUAUUUCUCAUGUCUGUGGGUGCCCACGUGAUUUUCCUCCAAAAACUGCUCCAGAAACAUCUUGAUUAACAAGAUCAUGCCUUUAUUCAGUAGCACUGGUUAGGAGUGUGGCCUCUGAGGCCAGGUUUGAUUCUCUUUUAACUAAGGGCAAAAGAGGAAGCAGCUCUUACUGUGGAAGUUGGCUGCUUUGGUUUGUUCAUUGUGGGUGGAUUUACUUACAAACUACAUGGGCACUUGACUUACAAUAUUGAGCACUGCUGGCAGCCUUAGCAAUGAAGCAAUGUGACAAAAGUAGCACUUUUGGUUUAGUAAGAUCUGGUCUGGAUUGGCUUACCAAUUGCAAUGAAAUGGAAUAAUUAACUUGUUCAUAAUGUCUCUGCAAGCAACACCAAUUAGAGAUUACAGAAAUACAUUAUUAUUAAUGUUAUUCUUAAUUCACAAUUCUGCUUGAUAAGGCUUCAAAAUGGGAUUUUUAAUCAUUUCAGUGUCCUAUGGAUCACAGCCACAUACUAAAGCAACAGGGCAGGUCUGCUGACAGGUAUUGGCCACUCACACUUCCAUAGGACUUCUGUCUGGGAUCCAUGUUCUUGCUUGUCCCAAGAUAAAAUCUAGUGUGAAGUUAAAUCCAGAUCAAAUUGAUGAGCUUUACUUGUCUCAGACUGCAUAAGGGGAUGGAAAUUGCAUUUCUGAUUGAUUUCCUCUCCUGCAUUUGGCAUCAAAAGUGAAAAAAAAAUCAUGUUGCUUGACAAUUUAAGGGAAAAAAUUAGCAGGAAUUUAUCUACAAAAUGUGACUCUACUGCCACAGUUUUUAUUAACCAGUGUCAUGAAAUAGCUUUCUAGCAAUAAUAUUUUUGGUGUUGUGAACAGCUGCUAAAAUUAGCAGUCAGAGAUAUGAGCUCAUGGCUGAUACCCAGCCUGUAAAAGGAUGUGAACUACCUUGACAGUGUGUACAAGUGGGUGAUGGGAAGCAGUGCAGAGGGAACCUCCUCUCAGUGGUGCCUAAGAAGUGAUAAAUAGACAGUAGCACAAAAUUACAGGAAAAUCCAUUUAAACAUUAGAAAAAUAAAAUUCACUGUGAAGAUGAUCAGACACUGGCACAGGUUGCACGGAGAGGGUGUGCAGUCUCCAUUCUUGAAGAUUCUCAGAUGCUGACUGAACAUGGCCCUGAGUAAACCUGCUGUACUUGGCCCUGUUUGCUCAGAGGUUGGGCCAGAGGAUCUCCAGAGGUCCCUUCCAACCUCAGCCAUUCCCUGAUUCUCUGAGCACAUUGAACUGCCUUUCUUUGCAGCACUGGAUUUUAAAAUUUUGUUCUCCCUGCAACACCAACUUCCAGAUGGGCUGGAAAAGACUCAUACUGAUAUUCCCCCCUUUUUUAGAUAAGUUGCUGUUUGCUUGGGUGGCUGUGCCAGGAGGACAAUUAACCUCUUUUGAGAAACUUGCUUUCAGGAAAGAUAUUUAAAUACUAUAGCUGGUGAUAUGUUUCAACAGUUGAACACAAAAAGGAUUUUAAUUGUUUCUGACAUUGAUUAACCAAGUGCUGCAUGCCAUAUUCCAAACAUGAGUUUAUUAAUCUUUUAAAAUUAGAGUAUUUCAUGUGGAAGUGCAUAAUCCCUGCCAUCCUCUUAGGAAGAAGGGAUCAACUUCCUGAACUUCCCUGCCUGUACAGACAGUGGUCAAUGCCCUUUUAGUAAGUGUGAGACAGCACAAUUUUAUUUUGCCAUUAGAAUAAAGAGACUUCACAAGAGGAUAAGGAGAAAGGCAAGGGCUGUUUUCUCUGAAAUAAAGAAGCUUGGAGCUACCUUGCAAACAAGGUUUUAAUUGUAAACCAUGAUGAGCCAUGAUCUUGGCAUAAAAGACAAAGUGAUAUGUUUGUUGGAGCAGUUUAUACCUGUCAGGUGUAAUCUUUCCCCACUUCCUCAGAGAAUGGAUCCAUUCAAUAAUUCACACCUUCCUUAGAAUCUGUGACACACCCAUGUUUAAAAAAAAAGAAAAGAAUAUUCAUACUAAUGUGCUCAAUUUGCAAAAGUUCCUAUUUCACAGUAGUUGGAUCCUGUAGCAAUGGGAUGCUGGCUUCAUCUGCUUGAGUCCCUGAGGGUUAUUCAUGUGAUGCCUGUUUUAAACUCCCACUGACCUGAUCUAAAUUAGGUCAGGUUUAUGUCUUCAGUGAAGAAUUGGGCUUAACAUCUCUUGCCAGGAACAAACAUCAGAAAUUAUCUGUAAAUACAUUCUGUAGCUAACAUUUUGUAGCCACAGCAGUCUAACAGGUAUUUUUGAAUGUCAAGGUACACAUUUUUUAUUUGUUUAGAGUUACACAAAGCUUAUGUGCAGAACAAAAUUCAAAGACUCAGCACAGUCCUGUCUAAUAUUUAAUUCCCUCCUCUCCUCCUGCAUAUAAUACCUGUAUCUUUUUCUGAGUUCCUGCUGUCUGAUACAGCUGGAAAGUGUCUCAGUCAGACAGUGCCCACUAUUUAUUCAGGGCCUUGGAGGAGACUGACCAGCGUUGUCUGGUGUUUGCAGCGUUGUUGACUUGCAAACCUUUAGUUAAACAUAAAAGGUCAAUCUAAACUAGCUUAGGUACUAAUUGAUGAGAGGAGAACAAGCACUUUAGCCCAGAGAGUGGAGUCUGUAACAUGGAUAAUCUUCCCUGGCCAUCCUGAGAGCAGGAAAGGUGUAACCCAGCAGUCCAGCACUGCCAGCUGGGGACUGGUGGUUUCACUGCCACAUGUGUGAGGCCAGAGUGAGGCUGCUCCUGCUGCAGCACAUGGAGGCAUGGGAGAGGUGAAUGCUUUGUGCUUGUGUCCACUCAACUUCCCUAACAAUCUUUCUCCAUUCUGGAAUUAAUUUGUGUUGGAUCCCCUUUUCCUGGAGUGAUUUGCAGUGCCUGUGGCCACUGCUCAAGUCCACUCGUUUUUGGAGCCACCUGUUCAGGAGAGACCAAAAGUUGUUUACAGACUGUCUACUCUGGGCCUGGAUUAGUCUCUACAUGCUGAGAAUUGAGACGUGCAUAAAGACAUUGUGCUAAAAGCAGUGCUAUUCACACUUGAUAGAAACACUUCAGAAACCUGCAGUAUGAAUUAUUAAUGUUUGUGUGCUGAUUUUUAUCUCAAGUGGGGAGAAUAAUCCAUGUGUUAUACAAAAGAAUCAGAGGACCAAGGUUUCCAGCUACUCAUACUGCCUUUUGAGUAUCUUAACUGUGUCUUGAUUGGAUGGUGUUAAUUUUUUUGUCUGAGACUGUUACGGUGAUUGUAUUGAUUAAUUUUAUUUUAAAAUAUGUGGCAAGGAAGAUUGUAAUAAAAGCAUCUACAUUUAUUAUACUGUGCACACACAAAUUGUUAGAUCCUAUUUUUAAAUAUGUUAAUCAUUUCAGAAUUAAACAGCACAAGAAUGGUUUGAUAGUCUUGCUGAAUAAAGUGGAUGUAAUUAAA